AUGGGUAAUUGUAGCAAUUGUAUUCAACAACAACAUCAGCGAUCACAAAAUCGAACAAAUUCAAGAUUAGAGUCACCAGUUUUUCGUCGUACAACUUCAUAUGAGCCAAGUAUUUUCGCCACUCGAUUAGCAAAUCUUCGUACAUUUUCACCAUAUAAUUUAAAUUCUCUUAUUGAUGAAACACUUUUAAUUGUUCGAACAGUUGCUGAUACAGAUCAAGAACCACCUCAUGCUAUGUUAAUUCUAUCACGUAUUGCUAAUCAUGAAGAUCGAUGGUUAGAAGUAAUGAUUGCAUUAAUUGAACGUGUACCAAUGAAUGAUCCAUUAGGUGCAACAGUUAUCGCUUUAUUACUUGAUGAAUGUUCAUUACCAUCAAAAGAGUUAUUACAACAAUUGAUAAAAAAAGUAUGUUCAAAUAAUUGUUCGAGAAUAAAAAUGCUUGAAACAAUUAUUGAUGAACAUAUUAAAAAAAUCACUAAUAUACAAAAUAGUAAUCAAUUAGAAAAACAUGCAGUAAGUUCAUCGAUUGAACCACAUGUUGGUCGAGUAACAAAUAUUAAUUAUGAUGAAAAUAUUCAAAGUGAUGAAACAACACCGGUUAUAAAUAAUCAUAUAUGUGAUAUAGUUAAUGAACAACCAUUACAAGAAAAGUAA